AUCCAAUAAAUACCCCACCCACAAUCCACUCCUAACUUCAUGCACCUUCUACGCAUUAGGCCCACUAUAUAUAUUUCAAAAGAACUCUCUCCAUGAUGUAGAGACGAGCAAGUAGUUUAGACAAAUCAAAAAUCUUGAUCUUCUUGCCUUCUUUAUUUUUCUUUUUCACCCAAGCCACACACAUACAUAUCAGGAAGUUACAGAGAUGCUAUACAAAUGUAAUGGAGAAAAUAUGUGAUAUAGUUGAAGGUCUGAAGCCAAUAAUAAUCAUGGUGGGUUUACAAAUAAUAUUAACAGGAGUCAAUAUUUUCUACAAACUGGCUGCAAACUGUGGCAUGAGCUUGAAGGUUUUGGUGGCUUAUCGCUUCGUGUUUGCUUCACUAACAGUUAUUCCACUCGCUCUGAUCCUCGAAAGGCAAAAAAGGCCAAAAUUGACAUGGAGGAUUGCCUUCCAAGCAUUUCUUAUUGCUUUAUUUGGGGGAUCAAUGGCCCAAAAUCUAUACGCAGAGAGCUUAGCAUUAACAUCAGCCACAUUUGCAGCAGCUAUGACCAAUCUCAUUCCUGCUAUAACAUUCGUCCUCGCAAUACUAUUUCGGUACGUUCUAAACAAUAAUAGG